UUUGACAUUGUUAGUCCGAAUUUAUUUUCAUCAUGGCCUCAGGUAGGCUAUAUAUAAAGCUUUCAAGAAUAUAAAUCAAUGCUUUCAUAAAAUAUUUCAUAAUAUUUAAAAUAAAUUUACUGAUAUGUGAAGAUAUUAUUUUUUUAAUAAUUUUCUAACAAAUAAGAUUAUAUUAAAUAGAUAUGAGAUAUACAUGUGUGUAUGUAUAUGUAUAUAAUAAUAUACUUAAUAAUUAUUUCAUAAAUUAAAAAUCAUUACAAAUCUAAUAAUACAUUCUUUAUAUUGCUAAUAUUAUCACAUUUGAUAUUAUCAAAUAUCUUGAUAUAAUUUAAAUAUAUUUAAUAUUGUAUUUAAAUAUAUUAAAGUACACUUAUUGUCAAUAUAAGAAAUCUAAGAAAUGACAUAAAUAUGUAUGUAAAGUUUAUAUACAUAAUAUUAGAUUAAAUAAAGAUAGAAUUAAUAAAUUAAAAUACAUGUUAAUUUAUUAAAAUUCAUUAAAAUUGUGAUAAUUUAUAAAUAAAAUAAUAAUGGCAUUAUCUAUAUGUGGGGUAUUAUCAAAGUAUGUCGAAGAGUAGUGACAAGAUACCCAAUAAUCGUUCAAGCAACACAAGCAGGUAUAUUAAUGGCAUUGGGAGAUCAAAUUGCACAAAAUUUUAUUGAACGAAAAAAAUUUAAGGAAUUAGAUUUUCUAAGAACAGCUCAAUUUGGAAGUAUAGGAUUUUUUAUUACUGGACCUGUAACAAGAACCUGGUAUGGAAUAUUAGAUAAAUAUAUUGGCUCAAAGACUGGAAUUGCAGUAUUAAAGAAAGUAGCUUGUGAUCAAUUAAUUUUUGCACCUGCAGGUUUAGGAAUUGUGUUAACAACUGUUGGUCUUUUACAAGGAAAAGAUUUUGAACAAAUAAAAACAAAAUUAUCUAAUGAAUAUCUAGAUAUUUUACUUAAUAAUUAUAAAAUUUGGCCUAUAAUACAAUUAAUUAAUUUUUAUUUUAUACCUUUACAAUAUCAAGUUCUAUUAGUACAAUCAGUAGCUAUCUUAUGGAAUACUUAUGUAUCAUAUAAGACAUUUACUUUAGGAGAACAACAAAAAAGGCAAAUAGAUAUAUAUAUAAAAUAAGUAAAAAUUUAUAAACAUAUAUUUUUUUUAAAUAACAAUAAUGUUAACUAUUAAAUUUAAAUAUUGUUCAUAAUAAUAUAAUAAAAAGUUAAACUUUUGAAUAACAUUAUAAUAUUAAUCAUUAAAAAUAAACAAUAUAAUAUUUUAUUAUAAAACAACGAUAAGCAUUGUAAAUAAUCACAAAAGCAUUUUGUUAUAAGUUAUUAAAAAAUGUAUUUAUAAUUACAAUGAAGUAUUUGAUCUCAAAAUAACUAUAUAUAUAUAUAGUUUGUAUAUUUUCUGAAUUAAUAUAUGUUUUUAGUAAUUAUUAUUUAUAUUUAGUCAUAUAAACGUCAUAAUUUAUAUUUAUAUCAUAAUAAUUCCUUCUAUAAAAAAAUGGUAUUUUUUACAAAUGUAUAUAUUUUUUUAUGUAUUAGGAAUAACAUUAUUUUAUGGAAUGUUAUUGUUUUUAAUAACCAUUAAAUCAUUAUAUGUAAAUAUAUAUUAUUUUAAGUACGUACAAGAACAUUUGAAGUGUAAUAAAGUAAACGAAAAUUAAAUUUAAAAUAAUUGUAGUCUAUUUAAAUCAUCAUAUAUCUAUUUUAUAUAUAUGUGUAUAUAAUAUAUAUAUAUAUAUGUAUAUAUAUAUAUAUAUAUAUAUAUAUAUAUACAUAUAUACAUAUAUAUAUAUA